CAAAUGCGUUGUUGAUUUUUGAGUAACAUGAUGCCAUAUUAUAUUUGAAUAUAUAGUUCCCGCUUCCCCUAAAGUGUCAGUGUGAUGAAUUUCUUUAUCUCAGAUACAUAUACUAAUAAAUACGCCAAUUCAUCAUCAUGGUUGAAUCUAACGUUUAGUUCUAUUUUAAAGGCAAAUUUUUGUUUACAUACGUAGAAAUAUUGUUAGCGUUAAGCCUGUAUUCUGUUACGGUUUAUGACUGAACAACACUGAGAUGAUAGCUUUAUUCUGCAACGGAAAUUUUUGUAGUAAACAUUUGACCACAUAGUGCUUUAUUAAGUUUGCAACCACAGCGACUUCUUAUCGCAGCUACGUAGUGAAAGGUCAUGUCUUAUUAUGGUUGACGUGUUGUUUUUAUUUUAUUUCUCUUAACCUCAUUUAUAACUUAAUUAGAUUAAGAUACACCGUUACGAAAUUAGAAUGACGAAAAGCAGGUAGCCGAAUCAAGGUGGCAAUAGGAAGAUUACUGUUUAAAGUUGUUGGCGUUGUAUUACUAUUUAAUAAAUCAUUUGUCGUCUCGUUUAUCGAAUUAUCAGUGGCAACAAUUUUUUGUUAUACGUUUUAAAAUGAAAAAGAAAACGCGAGCAACCGAGGUUGCCACAUUACUCAGUGUGCUGCGAUUCACAGCAAGAAUCUUGUUGCCCCGGCAUCACAACGCUUUGUUCCCAGUAUUUUCUACGUUGUACAUUGCAUACAAAAACCAAAAAAUGAGAAAUAUUCCUGUGUCUUUAGUGCCAUUACCCGAUGAUAUUUUGUUAGAGCUAAUUCCAGGAUCUCGUCAUGAAGUGAUCGUAGAUUCGAAUAGCUGCUUAUUUGUUAGCAGUAGUAUACUUGAUGAGCUUCGUGUGGCAAAUGGACAUUGGGUAAAAGUACAGAAAACUGAUUCAAAGAUUGACUUGGAGAAUGAAUCGGAGAAACCAUUAAAGUGCGUGCUAGUGCAAAUAAUUGGUCUUGUGAAUCUUGACACUUCUACAGCUUUAAUUAGUGAUGUGAAAUAUGACAACCUGAAAAAUAGUUUGAAAUUAUCUGAUAACCAAAGCAUAUCAAUUCUUGGAUGCCAAGUGGACCAAAGUUUUGUACCUAGUAAAGCAAACAAAGCGGCUGUAAGAUAUGUAAAAAGACCUCCUGAUAUAGAUAAUGCAUUAAUGGAUGUUGUGUUGACGAAAUACUUCAAAUAUCCACGAUAUCUUUGUGAAAAUGAACUAUUUUGCAUAAAUGUUUUACACUGUGCACCAGAAAUCCGUUACAUGCCUGGUAACCAAGGUAUCGAGAAACUGUACUUUGUAGUAGAGGAAAUUACAGGUGAAUCAUAUACUGAUGAUUUCUUAAAGGACGUUAAAAUGGGGUACUUUGUAGAACAAAGUUCAUCAACAUUAAUACAGGCUGGAUGUCAUCAGAGGUACCUCCCACCUGUUCGUUGGAGACUGGUGGCAGACAAGACAACCUUGGCUGCUUCAAAUUAUGACUCACAUCUCAUAACACUAUGCCCACAGGGACUUGAGAAGUAUUCUGAAGAAUUAGAGAGGUCUCUGCGGCCAUUUAUUCUUAACACAAGGAGCUUAAAAGUUAAGCCCAUGUUUUUGCUCUAUGGACAGCGGGGAUGUGGGAAAAUGAGUAUUAUAUCAAGUGUUGCACAGAAGCUGGGCCUAGCAAUUUGGAGCAUAGACUGCUUGGAAAUCCAGUCAGGAACUGCAGCAUCAACAGAAGGGAAACUGAAAUUUGCUUUUAGCAAAGUGAAACAAUUUGCUCCAUGCAUCAUGCUGAUGAACAAUAUAGAGUAUUUAUGUAAGACUAAAAAUGAAGAAGAAGAUCCACGAACAAUCUGUGUAUUUCAUGAGGAAGCAGCCAAGUUGUUCAGUAAUGUGGGAGAUCUUCCCCUAAUAUUGAUUGCUGUUUGUGACAACAGGAGUGAAUCUCUGACUAACAUCACUGCUGACUUGGCAAGAGCAUUUCUCGACACCAUGCAUGUAUCAAGUCCAAGUGAAACAGAGAGGUUGUCAAUGUUAGAGUGGCUUGUGAAGUCAAGGAGUCUACACCUGGAGACUGAUGUAUCAUUACCAUACUAUGCAAGCCAAACUUCUGGCUUUGUUCUUGCUGAUUUGGAAGCUCUCAUCUCACAUGCAGUCAGAAACCACUACAAACAAUUGAAGGAAUUUGGCAAUACGCUUGUUAUAGAAGAUUAUGAGAAUCGUGGCAGAGAAUUGAAGAAGGAAGAUUUUGAGGUAGCUUUAGAUAUUAUGCACAGCACAUAUGCUGAUGUUAUUGGUGCACCAAAAAUCCCAGUUGUCUCAUGGGAUGAUAUUGGUGGUCUGUCAAAGCUGAAAGAAGAAAUAUUCCGCACAGUGAUGAUGCCUCUCAAACAUCCAGAGCUUGUGGCCUCUGGACUUCGAAGAUCAGGACUGUUGUUGUUUGGUCCACCUGGAACUGGCAAGACGCUGCUUGCCAAAGCUAUUGCCACUGAAUGCAGCCUUAACUUCCUUUCUGUGAAAGGACCUGAACUGCUCAAUAUGUAUGUUGGUCAAAGUGAGAUGAAUGUUAGAGAAGUGUUUGAGAGAGCCCGAAGUGCUGCACCAUGCAUCAUUUUCUUUGAUGAGCUUGAUUCAUUAGCUCCCAGCCGUGGUAGAAGUGGUGACUCUGGUGGUGUCAUGGACAGGGUAGUUUCACAACUUUUGGCAGAAAUGGAUGGUGUACAAAAGUCAACUCAGAUAUUUCUCAUUGGAGCAACAAAUAGACCUGACCUGAUUGAUGCUGCUCUCUUGAGACCAGGAAGGUUUGAUAAACUGCUCUAUGUUGGAAUGUGUGAGGACAAUGAAACAAAACUUAGUGUGCUGAAGGCCUUAACUAGAAAGUUUAAGCUGAAAACAGAUGUGAAUUUGUCUGAUGUUGUUGAGCAGUUCCCAGAUGUUGUCACUGGUGCAGAUGUGUAUUCAGUCUGUUCUAAGGCCUGGCUUAGUGCUGUUAGAUCCAUCAUUCACAAAGUACAAGAGGCUACACCAGAAGACCGUGCCACACUAUUAUCAACAACUGUUGAAGUUUCUGCAGAGGACUUCAGCACAGCAGUGGCUAACAUCAAACCAUCAGUAUCUGAUGAAGAUAUGGCAUACUAUCGGAAAGUGCAGAAAGAAAUGAGUGCUGUUUGAAUAAUGAUUUUCGUUGACAUUCUUAUUUUGUUACCUGAAAUCGGUUCCUAGUAGUAACCUGAAUUUAUCAUCCCAGGUGAUGAUACAAACUUUAUUUUGUAUUACUGUGGACAUUUUUUACUUAAAAAAAAUUAAAGAAAUUGGUACAAAUUAAAUUUAAUACAUU